AUGAUGAACUUUGAUACAUGUGGUGCGAACACAUACGGUGACGAUUUGGUUCUAAAUUUUAUUAUGCUAAUGAACUUAAAAGGGUGGUUAAAUGAUUCUUGCGGCAUUCAUGUUUCGAAUGAACUCAAGGCUGGUAAUCCACAGGCCGCAAGUUUGGAAUUUGACAAGAUUCCUAUAAUAUUACUUAUAUUACCGAAACAUGAUAUGGAAUACUCUAUUGACUAUAACUAUAUCACAGAUUCAUUUGCAAAAUUUCUUAUUCACCUCUCAUUACUUUCAUCCUUGGCUGGAUCUCAUUCAUAUGUCAAUCUUGUGCAAAGGAUAACACAAAAUUAUGUUUCCUCCAACUGGCUGAUCAUUGUAACUUAUACUCAAGGAGAUAUUACUGGCUACGAUGCCAACCUCACUUCUCCCGGUUCUUUCGGUGAUGCAUCUGAGCAGAAGCUGAUCCAUUCCACUUUAGUUAUGUUUUCAGAAGGUGAUCCAUUCAAAAUAUUGAAUAUUAAAGGAAACAUAAGUUAUUGA